UCCCAGUCUCAAGACGCCUCGGGAACACGAUUCUAUAGCGAAGGUUCGGCCCCAUAACGCCUCCGCGCCCUUCGCGCCUACGGGCAGACAAAUCCUCGAGCACGAGCGCGAUGGCAAUGGCAAUGGCAAUGGCGAUGUGUGGCGGCGCUGCCAGUGGGGCCCUCAAAUUCUGUCUGCGCGAGCGCGGGGGAAGACGGUCCCUGUGCGCGUGGGCGGGCAGGCCAGGGCCCACUGAGUGUUCUGUAGACUCGGACGUGGACCGGACCUUGUACUCAGAGUCAAUCGGUAGCUAUCAUGAUCGCGCCAUCCUGGAGGCUGGCUUCUGGACCUGGCGGCGCGACGCAGAGGGCAGUAGAUGCGCUGCUUCCGUCUGCUGAACGCCGGCCAACGUGUGGUGCACAUGGUCGGCCGUCUGGUUCCUUCCGGGGAUGGCAGGGUGCGUGUGUGAUAUGCUCUAGCUCUGGCGGACGUUGAGCGCAGCAUCCCCC